GUCUGAUUUUAUUUAUUUUAUUGGUUUACCCAUCUUCUGCUUUUCUGUGUCUGGCUUCGUUGUUUGUCAGAUUGCAACACACCAAAUGAGUGAUAAGUGAGUUAACUUAUCCCAGAUAAGUGAUGAUAUCAUAAGGCAGAUGAGUAAUCUAGGUGGGAAUGCUGUUCUUUAUUCCAUUUGCACAGAAUGGGAAAAUCUUUUGUCUGUUAUUGAAAGCGAGGAAGUUAGCAUAGAUAAAUAAAUAAGAGAUACACAUCUCAAUGCUAUUCGCUGGUAACAUAGCCGCCGUUACGUCACAAAUACAUAAAUCUAUUCACUCAAUUCCGAUCUAUUCGUUUCGCUCCCAAAUUGGCCUUCUCGGGAGGAUGGGGGCGGGCGGCGUAUGAAUGUGAAUGAAUGAGUUGGUUGCGGAAGUUGCAUAGGUUGCAGGGGUCCCAGAGGAAGCAGCUGACUCCGACAGAAUGAGAGAAAUUCGUCUAACAGUUGCAAGUCAGUAGACGUGUAGCUUGGCUCCCAGCUGACCUCGAAGUAAACUCCGUAUGCUAAUUUCUUAAUGUCGGUUUAUUGUAUUAAUAUUUUACAUACUGCAUUGGCUGCAUACAUGCACUUGUGAAAUAGUUUGUGUGAGUUCAGUGUGACAGAAUAAUCGACAUAUGAGCUGUUCGAUAAAUCGUUUCUUUAUUAAAAGGACCCUAGACGUAAAAAAGUAUUUUGUUAUUCAUGUAUUUGUAUUAAUUAAUAUCGGGAAAUUGCUAAAAUAAUGCCUAUUCACUAACAUCUACAAAGUAUCGCUCAGACUUCAGUGAAGUCCUACAAAUGGAAUGUUUAUGAAUUUUCACAGUGCAACGUGACGUUUGGCCAGGCUUUAAUAACACCCACAUAGAUAUCAGCUAAUCGCUAGUGACCCGCCCCGUAACCGAAGUACUACUAGCAGGAUAAGAAGGAAUCGAAAGAAUGAUUGCAUCGGAGAUUGGGUCUACAAACGACGGGCCAGUAUCGGUGUUAUGUGACGCACCAACAGGCACACCUCUUGUGGUGACGACAAUGAAUGAAAGGGCUCCGUUGAUUUCUAAACGACGUCUAUUUAGUAGCUUGUCAAGUGUCUUUGGUUUUACUUCGAGCAGAACUGUGAGCAGUGGUGGUUAUGUUGAAUUUGGAGCGAGUAAUGUGGAGUCUGGAAGAACUUUGGGCACAUUUGCAGGUGUGUUCAGUCCAGUGGCCCUCUCCAUGUUUAGUGCAUUAUUAUUUCUUAGAGUUGGUUUCAUAGUUGGCAAUGCAGGUCUAUGGGUCACAUUGUUUCAGUUUGUAAUAGCGUAUGGCAUCUUGCUCUUCACUGUGGCAUCAGUGUGCGCCGUCGCGACUAACGGAGCAGUUGAAGGCGGUGGAGCAUACUUCAUGAUCAGUCGAACACUUGGCCCAGAGUUUGGUGGAUCAAUUGGAACUCUGUUCUUCCUUGCAAAUGUUGUAAGCAGUGCCCUCUAUAUUACCGGCUGUGCCGAAGGAAUAGUCGAGAACUUUGGUCCUUCUGGUUAUCUGAUAGGAGAAGGCAAUGUGGGGUUGCCUGACAGUCGGUGGUGGCGAUUUCUAUACUGCUCUCUCCUCAAUGUCAUUAGUUUGGUGGUGUGUUUGAUUGGUGCUGGCAUGUUUGCCAAAACGAGUGUUGCAGUGUUGGGCAUCGUUUGCAUCUCCCUGCUCUCUGUUAUCGUCAGUUUCAGCAUCCAGUCUCCUAAAAAGAUAGCGAUUCCAGAAGCAAACCAUCUGAUUCGCAAUGGAUCAGAGAUGGUGUACCGCAUGUACACUGGCUUCCGCCUGGAGACACUUGAGGAGAACUGGCACCAGCAGUAUGGGAAGGACUACUCAUCUGAUGGCAAAGAUGUUGACUUUGCGACGGUGUUUGGAGUUCUGUUCAGUGGAGUCACAGGAAUCAUGGCAGGAGCCAACAUGUCAGGGGAACUUCGUGACCCUUCUCGUAAUAUCCCUCGCGGAACGCUGUCAGCUGUCGCAUUCACAUUUGUCUGCUACGUGAUUGUGUCAUUCUUGACAGCGGCCACCAGCUCUCGAGAACUUCUGCAGAACGACUUCAUUUUCAUGAUGCCCGUUAAUGUCUGGCCACCAUUUGUUGCUGUGGGCAUCCUCACAGCUACCUUCUCAGCUAGCCUCAGCAACCUGAUCGGAUCUAGUAGAGUUCUGGAGGCCCUUGCCAAAGAUGAUGUGUUCGGCUCAGUUCUGCAGUUUAUAGUGAAGGGAACGUGGCGAGGGAACCCAGUUGCUGCAGUGCUCACCUCAUGGAUGCUGGUGGAGCUUAUCAUGUUAAUAGGCUCACUUAACACCAUUGCCCAGAUUAACUCAGUUCUGUUCCUGCUCUCGUAUCUUGCGACAAACCUGGCUUGCCUUAGCCUGGAGCUGGCAUCUGCCCCAAACUUCAGGCCAUCGUUCAAGUACUUCACCUGGCACACAGCAUUCAUUGGCCUUGUUGGAACUCUGGUGAUGAUGUUCCUCAUUAACAUCCUUUACGCAUCGAUCUCUGUCUUGUUAUGCCUCGUUUUCGUCAUCAUACUUCACCUGUUCUCCCCCUCACGUGAGGCCCACUGGGGCUCCAUCUCACAGGCCCUCAUCUUUCAUCAGGUGCGGAAAUACUUGCUGUUGCUCGAUUCGCGGAAAGAUCACGUCAAAUUCUGGAGACCUCAGAUGCUUCUUCUGGUUGGAAACCCAAGGUCUUCAUGCCCACUUAUUCACUUUGUGAAUGAUCUGAAGAAAGGGGGUCUGUAUGUGUUGGGUCACAUCAAGGUGGGACAGCUGUCGGACAUGGAAGUAGAUCCAACACUUGAUGAGUACUCACACUGGCUCACUCUGGUGGACUGCUUGAAGGUGAAAGCCUUCAUUGAGCUGACAGUUGCUCACUCUGUACGGGAAGGUCUACAGCAUAUGAUUCGCAUGUCUGGGCUCGGUGCCAUGAAGCCCAACACAAUUGUACUUGGCUUCUUUGAUGAGGAGCUACCCCAUGACUUCUUUGAGGAAGGUGGUUCCCUGUACAGUGCAGAUGAACUGAAGGGUGCACAUGCAACUAGUGGCCAUAGAGUCUUCCCUCUUCGUUCCUCUACCAGUGAGAAGGCCCUGGGCACAGUCGAGUACGUUGGAAUGGUGGCAGAUACUCUGAAGCUGGGGAAGAAUAUUUGUCUCUGUCGUCAUUUCCACAACCUGGACAAGAAGCUGAUGAUAGCCAAGUCAUCAAGUGUGAAAUUUAUUGAUGUAUGGCCUGUGAAUUUCUUCCAACCAGACGAUGAGGAUCCAUUUGAUACGACCAGUCUCUUCAUGUUGCAACUGGCCUGCAUUAUCAACAUGGUUUCUGGCUGGAAGAAUCUCCACUUGAGGGUAUUUCUUUGUGAGAAGAAACGCCGGCAAGAUGAUCCUGGCAACAACAUCUCAUCCAGCAUGCCUUCCCAUUCGAAUGCGCACCGCCUUCGUCAACAGCUGCAGAUGUUGCGUAUAGCUGCCACCAUUCAAGAGGUUUCUGGAUGGGGUCAGCAGGCAGCAGCUUUGCCAGGGGGCUCAGUUUUGCAGCAGUUGUCCCCAGGCUUGAGGAAACCGAGAGCAGACAGCUUUGGGGGAACUCAGCUGGACAACGCUGUCAGGGUGUACCUACUCAGUGUGAAUCAGCUCCUGCGGCAGUACUCGGAGCAAACCGCAGCCAGCUUCCUCUAUCUGCCUGUGCCUCCUCAUGGAGAUGAAGCUGUGAUAUAUCCCACCUAUCUUCAGCUGCUGACGGAGUUGACUGCCGACUUGCCGCCCACAGUCCUGGUGCACGGUGUUAGCCCUGUCACAUCCACAACACUUUAGCGGGAACAACCAGCAUGCGCACAACUCAAACUGUACUGCAGGGGAAGGGAAUAUUCAUAUGGGAUGCUGCAGUCAGUUUUCUAUCUUCAGAGAUGAAUAAUGUAUUUUAUCAACUGAGAUAUUUUGUGUUUUUCCGUGUAGGGGAGUAAACCAGAAGAGAUGCAACAACUAGCAGCAUGACAGACAGAUACAUUUAUGGAAUGUGUUCGUCCAAACAGUCCAAAAUGUGUAAAGAGUUCCGAAAGUGCCUUUUGUGUCUGGAUUUUUAGUGACCAGUUUCACUGCGGAACCUUUUUCUGCUGUGUUUCGUCUGUGUUAGACAAGUACUCAUUGCUGAUUUCUUCCACACUUUUUAUGGUUACUUAGGACGUAUGGCUAGCAGAGUACAUUUAUGAUUCCAAAAGUUGCUUCAUUUGUUCUGUAGGUGGCACUGUGUGGUGCACUGACCUAACUGCAAAAUUGUCUGAUAAGGGAAUCCACAUGUCAGUGCUCCCAUAGUAGUCUUCUGAGAUGUGACACCAUGUAGUCUGGUAAGUAGCUACUCAUAUUUUGGAGGAGCCUGCUGUCUGCAUCAUCAGUAUUUACCCUGAAGAUGCAGGAAGUAGGUUCCUCCAGGCCAGGAUACAUGGCAUCACAUCCCAGAAGAAAACAGUGUUUAUACACAAAUUUCACUACAGUAGUAAUGUACUCGUAAAGCAAUAUGGAUGCUCUUAGCCAAAUGCUGCUAUAGCAGUGUGUAGCUCUGAAAGGGUUAAUAUCUGUCAAUUUACAUCAUAUUUUACCUGUUGAAUAAUGGAGUGGUUCACUCUACAUGUGAAGAAAAGCAUGAUAAUUUUCAAAAAUGAUUCUGUCAGUGAAGACUGAACGACUGGUAUGUCUUUAAUAUUAGUAAUAUUUUUAAAGUUUUGAAAAUGUGUUGUUUAUUAUGGUGACAGUUUUGAAAUGUGGCAGAUGGUUGGAACACUGCAAGAAUUAAUGGAGAAAAAGAAGAACAACAUAGAUAAUCAAGUAAGUAUUACUAUUAACAAGUGGAAUAUGUCAGUAUUUGAUCCUGUUUUAUAUCUGCAGUAUUGAAAUGGUAAUAUUACGUAAUAUCACAUCAGUGUAAUUCAGAUAAAAACCUGUCCUCUGUAAUAUUAGUGACAUGUAUUUAUUUAUUUGCUGUUGAAGUGUUUCACUCUCUGCUGGCAAGCAUGUGUCCCCAAGAUAUGAAACAACAGAAAAAUAAAGAUUUUAUUUGUUGCAGUUUCCUGCUGACAUGUAAAGGCAAGGGCUCUAUGACAUAGUGCACCCAUGGAAACUCUACUAUGAACUUGAUUGUUCAUCCAGUACACACAUUGCUAUAAAUCAUGGGGAUGGCUGUGGCCACAGAACUCUGUCUUUUAGAGAAACGGCUAAAAAUAUCAGAUUUAAUCGUGUAUAUAUACAGAUUAUUAAUGAUUCCAAACACUAUAUUUAUGUCAUAAAGCUGUAAUCACGUAUGUCAGUAUGUAAUGUACAGCUCAUCUGACAGUGCAUUUCUUGAAAAUGUCUUCGUACUGUGAAAUUCCAUAACAUAAACCCUAUCUUGCCCCUUGACUUUCAUAAUAUUAGUGGAAAUGCGUUCUUACGGAAAUUUUCCCAGUCCACAGUUACAACAAGAAACCAGUUUCUAAUUGCCAGGAAUACCAGCAGGUACAUUUUCUGUGUUCUUUUAAGUGAACUACUUAAUGGCCCCUUUCCAGACAUCAUAAAUAAGAACAAUACACUGCACUACCAGCCAUCACUACGCGGGAAACAGGCUAGGCACUAGGUGAGCAUUGCACAGACAUCACUACUCGGGACACAGGCUAGGCACUAGGUGAGCAUUGCACAGACAUCACUACUCGGGACACAGGCUAGGCACUAGGUGAGCAUUGCACAGACAUCACUACUCGGGACACAGGCUAGGCACUAGGUGAGCAUUGCACAGACAUCACUACUCGGGACACAGGCUAGGCACUAGGUGAGCAUUGCACAGACAUCACUACGUGGG